UAAAAUAUAAACGAAAAUAAUCUCUCUCUCUUUAUAUAUAAAGCUGAAUGUAGAGGAGUCUGAUGUGGCAGCAUGACAAUGCAGGAUUCAUAUUUUUCUUUUUUCUCAGAUUUUUCAAUUUUUUUCUUUUUUUUGUCGUUUUAAUUAUUUACAAAAUAAAUUCCUCACUUUAAUCUGAGCAGUUAUGACCUAAUCAUCUUCUAAAAUAUUACAUAUCCUUUGAGAAAUAACUUCUAACGCGUUACAUACCCUUUCAGAAAUAAAACUUUUGAAGGAGAUAUCUUCAGUGAUUAGGAUUUCUCAUAUAUCUCAAGUUUCACAUCUUUUGCUUCUAAAGGAGAGAUCUUCAGUGAUUAGGAAAUCUUUUUUCAUUCCUUUUAUUUCCUAUGUUGUUUGAUUAAAUUCUCAAAUAGUAGAUGAUAAUAUUUUGUUAUCUCUGACCCGGUUUGAUUUAAAUGGUGUCAAAAUGUGAAAUUGAAAACAAAAGCUAGAGAUCUGAUGAGGUUUUAAUUGAAUCAUUGGAGAGUAUUUGAUUGUUGCCACUGUAUGUAUCAUGAACUCGAUGAUCAGCGGCAAUUGAGAUUUCUCUAUUAAUAGCUAGACUUUCUCCCAAAUUUGUUAUGUGCCAUACUGUUCAUAAGCUAUCAACAUAAAUGCCUUUAAAUUUAUUGAGAUUGGUAUGUUUAGUUUUGUUUCAAUGUUCUUUUUCCUACUUAACUCUGUUUCCUCAAGUAAAUUUGAUAUUUUUAUUAGUGGGAUUGAUAAUCAAGAAUUUCACAGGAGAAAAAACGAACUAAAUCCUUUUAAUUAGCAUUUUUGUCUCCAACACUUUCUUUCUUUAUCAUUCCGCAAUGUCUCAGACCUUUGAUUCACCCUAUUUUAUUAAAAAGAAAAACUAAAAUUAUUUUUUGAUUCUCCUUUUUCCCUUGAAACUGAUACAGAAGACACUAGAAUAGCGCCAAGCAGAGAGCAACAAGAGAGACACAAAGCUCUAUACAACAAUGUUUGCAUGCUUGUCAAAUGAGAACUCUUCGGCAACAAAGCAAGUUCCUCAGGUUCCAAACUAUUCAAAUACCUUCAACAAGGCUAGGCCGAGCAGAACCACCAUUGAAAAAAGAGGUUGUGAGUCACAGUACAUCGCCAGAAUGGAAAGAAGGAUUCACAUGGGCUUUUGAUGUACCACCCAAGGGACAAAAGCUACAUAUCUUGUGCAAAAGCAAGAACACAUUUGGGAAGACUACAGGGUAACGAUCCAAAUUGAUAAAGUUGUUGGUGAAGGCAUGUACAGUGGUCUUUUCAGCCUCAGCCAGGACAACAAUAAGGAUGGCUCAUCCCAGAGUUUAGAGAUUGAUAUUACCUGGUCCAGUAGGAUGCCUAGUGAUAGUGAGUGAAGGGAAGCAAGACUGAAAUAAUGCAAACUUGAGGACCCAAAGGUGGAGCUAGACCUGGUAAAGAACAGUCUCCUCAUAUUCCAGCCUAAUGCAAGAGCUGCUGCGGGAAGUCCAAGUUUUGUUUGUAUCUAAAUCGUUGCUACCUGUGGUGUAACUGUAAAAUAGUAAGAUAUUUGCAAGGACAAAGAAGUUGAGAGAGGUUCCCGCAGUACAAGGUAAGUCUUACAUCUAGCUUUUAAGCACCAAAUUGUACAGGUUCUGCAGUUCUUAGAAAAUAACAAUAUCAAAUAGAGUUCACGAUAAGAAGGUUGUAAUGUUUAUUUCAAAUCCCACCUGUGUAUUUGUGAUGCAAAGUAGCAGCAAGUGCCAAAGGUGAUUGUUGUGCAGAAGGCCUGGCGUGAAAGUUCAUUAGUUUUGCUUCAUUCUUUUCCUAUUUACUUCCUUACUCCGUUCAACUCGAUUUCAGCCCAACAAGUGAAGUGGAAUUAAUUUAAUCUACCUGACAAGAUGACAAAUGUGCAGCAACAACUGCUGCAAAAGCAGCAUCCAGGGAUCCAAACUGCAACUUAUGAGUUGUUACAAUGAGUCCAAUAAUGGCAAUUGGGAAAUGGUUUGAUCAAAUAUGCCAUUGGAAGAAUCCGCUUACUACAAUUCUGAUUCACAUAAUCUUUAUAAUAUUAGUCCUCUAUCCUGAAUUGAUUGUUCCUACAUUCUUUCUUUAGCUUUUCUUGAUUGGUAUUUGGCACUAUAGAUUGAAACCAAGACAUCCACCUCACAUGGACAUCCAUCUAUCACACGCUCAUGAUGUUUUCCCUGACGAUUUGGAUGAAGAAUUCGAUAGAUUCCCAACAUCAAGGAGCACGUAUAAGGUGAGGAUGAGAUAUGAUCGUUUGAAGAGCGUUGGCAGCAAGAUACAGACCAUGAUAGGGGACUUGGCGACUCAAGGGGAAAGGUUUUAUUCAUUGUUGAGUUGGAGAGAUCAAGGGCCUCGGCUUUGUUUGUCACAAUCUGUUUUGUUUGCUACAAUAUUACUAUUUUUUUGUUAACGUUCUUAAUUUAAGUUUCAUUAUUAAUCGGCAUUUUAUGAUUUUCAAAUGUCAUCAGAGGAUACUUACUAUUCCUUCUU